CAAGCACUCGCAAGAAGGAAGCUUCGGGAUUUGGGUCAUUGCCCAAUAACAGCAGGUGUAUUCGGUGGACAUGAAUGGCAGAGCACGGCAAUUGCUGACCUAACGGUGGAGGGGUUGCUGUCGACCUCUGACCUGCCAUCUGCCCGUUGCGUAAUCAGGACCGAGGCUUGUUACAAAAACAAAGAAGGAUGCCCGCCCUUCCGCAACCUUCGAGGUUCACUGCCGAGUUGCGUUGCCAUCUUGGACUCUGAUCACGCCGCUUGCCAUGGCCUUCACCGCCGCUCACCUCCAGCUCUGGCUGGGGUUGCUCGGAGCAGCCAUCUUCCUCUACACAACAUGUCUCGUCGUCUACCGACUCUUCUUCCACCCGCUGGCCAAGUACCCAGGGCCGUUCCUCGCCAAACUCACCGACGCGUACAUGCUCUAUUACGCCUGGCGAGGCGACCGCCACCUGGAAUUCUGGCGCAUGCAUGAGAGGUACGGCAAGUUUGUGCGCUUCGGGCCCAACUCGCUCUCCAUCAACUCCAACACGGCCCUGAAGGACAUCUACGGCUUCCGCGCCAAUGUGCGCAAGGCCGAGUUUUACGAUGCCUUCGUCCACCCGGCCCCGAACACCCACAACGCCCGCGACAAGGAACUCCACGCGCGGAAGCGCCGAGUGCUCUCGCACGCCUUCUCCGACGGCGCCAUCAAGGAGGUCGAGCGGUACAUCCUGGCGAAUAUCCGGACCUUCUGCGACGCCAUCGGUGAGUAUGGUAGGAUCAUCCCCGAGAACAAGGGGUGGAGCUCGCCAAAGAACAUGUCGGACUGGUUCAACUGGCUGGCCAUGGACAUCCUGGGAGAUCUCUGCUUCGGAAAGGCCUUCCACAUGCUCGACCGUCCGGACAACCGAUAUGCCAUUGACCUGGUCGGCGUGGCCGCCAAGCGGCAUCUCCUGUGCGGAACCAUGCCCAUCAUCAACAAGCUCAGCCUCGACAAGAUCCUCUUCCACAAUAUCGCCGCCGGGCGAGCCAGGUACAUGGCGUACAGCCGACAGCAGCUGGCCGAGCGGACUGCGCUCGGCGACGAGACCGAUCGGCGUGACUUCUUCUACCAUCUGCUCAAGGCGCGCGAUCCCGAAACAGGCCAGGGCUUCACCACUCCGGAGCUCUGGGGAGAAUCGAACCUGCUCAUCAUCGCCGGCUCGGACACCACGUCGACGGCCAUGGCGGCCACGCUCUUCUACCUCGUGCGCCACCCGGCCGCCCUCGCCAAGGCGACCGCCGAGGUGCGCGGCAAGUUCUCCCGCCUCGAAGAGAUCUACCAGGGCGCGCAGCUCACCUCGUGCACCUACCUGCGCGCCUGCAUCGACGAGGCCAUGCGCCUGUCGCCCUCGGUCGGCGGCCUGCUGCCGCGCGAGGUGCUGCCCGGCGGCAUCACCAUCGACGGCCACGCCAUCCCGGCCGGCACCGUCGUGGGUACCCCGCACUACGCCAUCCACCACCACCCGGCCUACUACCCGGACCCGUUCGCGUACCGGCCCGAGCGGUGGAUCGUCGGCGCCAAGGUGGCAGGCGCCGACGGCGCCAACGGCACCAUUACCACCGAGGAGCAGGUCGCGCUGGCGCAGAGCGCCUUCUGCCCCUUCUCGAUCGGCCCGCGCGGCUGCAUCGGCAAGGGCCUGGCGUACGUCGAGAUGAGCAUCACGCUCGCGCGCGUGCUGUUCCUGUACGACGUGCGCCGCGCCGUCGGCGUCGCGGACCCGGGCGAGGGCACGCCCGGCGCGGAGUGGGGCCGCGAGAAGGUCGGCGAGUUCCAGCUCAUCGAUACGUUUACGAGUUGGAAGGACGGGCCGAUGGUCGAAUUUCGGAGGAGGGAGCUGUGACGGGCGGCGU